AUGAACACUCUGAUGCAGAUGGGUCCCAUGAUGGUAAUGGAAGGUCCGAAUGGUGUCCAUCAGGCGUUUCCGCAACCUUCACAACAUAUACAACAACCGCCGCCGAUCACAUCAAGUAUGAACAGAUCACAAAGAUGCGGUGUUUGCCGCGGAUGUCAAUGUAAACCGUGCGGACAGUGCACGUAUUGUCAAGAUAGUCCACAAUUUGGAGGCCCAGGCGUUAAGAAACAAAGUUGUAUCGAGAGGAGGUGUCUACGUGUGUUAGAAAACAGACUUCAGAGAGACGCUCCAACUUUUAAAGCUCGUGUCGGAUGUAAUCAGUGUGAAGAUUGUCGUAUGCCCGACUGUCAGAUUUGUCUAGUCUGCUUAGAUAAGAGAUUUUUCGAGAACCGUUAUAUGACCGGUGCAAUGUGUGCAAAGAAACGUUGCAAUAAUGCAACAAGUAUCGAAUUACCAGCACAAUCACCUCAAUCCAUGCAUGAAUUCCAACAGAGACAGGCUCAAAAACGUGCCUACGAUCAAGGGGCUCCACCUCCUAUACAUUUCGAAAUGAAACGUCGUGGAAUGGAAGUAAAUUAUGGGAUGCAGAUGGCACAAGUACAAUCACAUUCACCACAAUUAGGUCCACCACCGCCACAGGCGCUUGGACAUCCACAAGCACCACCUGGUCAACAGAAUGCGCGUAUAUUAGCGAUUAAUCCAGCAAUGAAUUAUGACUUUGCAGGGUUGCCUGCAAUGGGAGCACCACGAAUGCUGCCAUGUGGACCGCCACCACCGCCACCACCACCACCAUUGAACGAGCCGGCAUACCUGCUGCCCACCUACGGUCAUACCUCACCUACUCCAGUCGACUUCUACAAUCCGAAGUCGUACACAUUCGAGGAGAUCACACCCAAUGGCAGAAAUACAAGUUUCAGGAGCAAAAUAUUGUACCGUUGGUUCCGUUCCGAAUCAAAAAAGAAGAAAAAUUUGACGAAAGAGAUGUCGGAUUCUGAACAUUCCGUGACGGAAUCUUCAUAUCGAGAAAGAUCACGUAGAAGACGAUAUGUCGAACAAAAACAAGAAAGGAGAAGGAAGAAAAUUCUUUACACAAGGCUUUUUCUCAUCUAUGCAGUGUUCUUCGUAGUUAUAAUAGUAUCUAGCUUCAUCGUGUUUUUGAUUAUGUGGGGAUCUGACGAUGCGGAUUGGUUUCAUCCUAAAUGUGAACAUGUGUGUGCCUCCAGCUAUUUGGCUGAUCAGCACCCUCCUCUGCUUAUAAUUUCAUUGAGUGGAUUUGCUAAUUACUACCUUGAAAGCCUACGUCUUUCAACUUUAGAGCGCAUGAAAUUCUGUGGGGCGACUGCUGAGAGAGUCAUUCCGUCAUUUCCUUUGAAGACUUUUCCAAACUAUGCAACUAUAGCUACAGGUUUUUAUCCAGGACGACACGGUGUAGGAUCUGACAGUAUUUUUAUGCCUGACGAUUUCCACGAUCUAGUUCCUUUCACGUCAAAUAUGACGAAAGAACAUCUUACAAAAGAUCCGAUCUGGUCAUUGUACAAAAACACUAAACAAGGAAAAGUCGCCUCCUUCUUCUGGACAGGACCAUUUUCUAUCAAUUCGAAGUAUGAGCAGCCCGAUUACCAUGCUGAAUUCGAUCCGACAGCCACCGACCAAGAACAGCUCAACAAAAUUGUGAGAUGGCUAAAACUACCGAAGUCGAAUCGUCCAAACCUUAUAUUGGCACAUUUUGAUCAAGGAAAAUAUAUUGGUUAUCAUCAUAAGACGAAAAGACAGCUACGAAAAGUGAUACAAGAAAUUGAUGCGUUACUGGGAAAACUAUUUAUGAAAUUACACAAAGAAAAAUUACUGCAUUGCUUGAAUAUCGCCAUAGUUUCUGACAUUGGCAUGGUCCGUAGUACGGCACAAAUGUCCAUUGACACUAAAAAUGGAGCAAGGUGGGUAAUGGAACCAGGCCCAAGCGCUCUACUUCAUCUACGUCCACAGUCGAAAGGAAUGGGCAGCAUUGACGCAGCAAUAAAAAUGUUUAAGUGUAGAAACGAACAGCUCCGUGUGUACACGAAAUUCACUCAACCACCUCGUUGGCACUAUCACAACUCAACGACGAGCUCAAAUCUUAUUCUAGUAGGUGAAGACGGAACACAGAUAACCAGUAGCGAGGUUCACGGAGAUAAUAUCGGAACCUAUGGAAACGAUUUCAAUGAUCCGACUACGCACACCAUAUUCUUCGCUAUGGGCCCAUCGAUAAAAAAAGGCGUCGAACUUCCGUCAAUUCAGAAUGUCGAGUUCAUGAAUCUAUGGACAGCACUUUUGGGCAUACCAGCCGUGGAAAACGAUGGAGAAAAAGGUGUAAUGGACACUAUAAUCAGGAAGAAAAAGAUCGAAAAACAAGAAGUCAUUGACAUUCCAGAUUGUGAAUACACAGUCACCGAAGAUGUUCAUAUUUGUGGACGUUGCCAGAAAGAUGGUGAAGAUAAACUCCGGGUUUGGCUCCGUGAAUGCAGAGGUAGUGCUCCUCUAGUGAAACCAGUGUUAAGUCAACCGGAUUUGGAUGCAUGUUACAUGCCAAUUUGUAACGAAGGGGUCAUACAGACAAAUGAAGGGAAACACGUCUCCAUAAUUGAAGUUUAUGACCAAAAUGAAAUCGAUAUUGAAGUAAAUUGUCUAUACGUAACACAACGAUAUCACGAGAAAUGCCCACAGGAUGUUCCUACUUUUUCCCAAAAACUAGUACCGCUGUCAGCUCUUCCUUAUAAAGGCGUCGCUAAUCAUCGAGUAUCACACGUCAUCAUGAAGAAGAAGUUCAUAGGCACCUUCUUUCUACCUUUGAAUGCAUAUACAAAAGUGGUGUUUGCCAAGAGGAAACGAAUUAUAUCAAUUACUGGAGUGGCAUACAAUAGCACACUAGAUCCUAAGCGAAAUGGUCUACCUACAUACGUUUAUCGCGUGUUGAUUGCAUGUCCCGAUGGUUGGUCAGAGAAUGGAUUACACUGUAGGGAACAUCAUAAAAUGGCUAUUUUGUCUUUUCUAUUUCCACAUAUGGAUAGAGAUAAUAACUGCAUGGACAGAAAUCGCUUACUUCUACAAUAUACAGCACGUCUAAAGGAUAUCGAACUUGUGGCUGGCUAUCGAUUCCAACUUCAGGAUGUUCCUGAAACAGAGAUUAUGCGUCUACGAAUCCACACACCAUUCGAUUUGUGGUGA